AUGGCUCUAUGGGGCGUGGUCAGCCUCAGCCUUCACUGCUGGGUGUGUUUACGCUCUGUAGCCUCGGCCACAGCGGCAGCACCGCCCAGCCUCCCCAAUGAGAAGCCCGGGGGCCCCCUGGACUGGCUCCUGUCCGACAAGGGGCCCUUCCACCACUCGUCGGAGUACAUCGACUUCGUGGAGAAGAACCGGCAGGGCUUCUCCACCAGAUACAAGAUCUACAGGGAGUUCGGGAGAUGGAAGGUGAACAACCUGGCUGUGGAGAGGAGAGACUUCCUGGAGUCUCCCAUGCCUCUGACGCCCGAGUUCAUCAGGAACAUCCGACUCCUGGGACGCCGGCCCUCCACCCAGAUGGUCACUGACAACCUGAUCAGGAAGUACGGCACCCACUUCCUGUUGUCAGCUACACUGGGAGGAGAGGAGGCCUUGACGAUCUUCGUGGACAAGAGGAAGCUGAGUAAGAAAGCGGAGGUGAGCGAUUACUCGGGCAACUCCUCCGCCGUGACGCUGGAGGCUCUGCACCAGCUGGCCGCCUCCUACUUCAUCGACAGGGAGAGCACCCUGCGCAAGCUGCACCACAUCCAGAUCGCCUCCACCGCCAUCAAGGUGACGGAGACCCCCACUGGUCCUCUCGGAUGCAGUAACUAUGACAACCUGGACUCCGUCAGCUCCGUGCUGGUUCAGAGUCCCGAGAACAAAGUCCAGCUGCAAGGCCUCAAUAGCCCUGCUGUAGAAGUUUUGAAUGAUGUUUUUAUUGCUCAGUGUUUAAUCUGCAUAUUACAUCGCAUAUUACAUUCAUACAUCGCCUGCAACGGAGAAGGCGGCUUCGUGUGCACGGACAGCGACUGCUGGUGCAGCUGUGACCCCAAGUUCCCAGAAUGCAACUGCCCCUACAUGGACAUCCAGGCCAUGGAGGAGAGCCUGCAGAGGAUCACAGAGACGUGGGGGAUUCUCUACAAAGAGUUCGAGGAAUCAGAUGAAUUCAAGGGGUUCCAUGCACGGCUGCCCCAGAGCUACUUCCUCAACGUGUCGACCAUCCAGCAUCUGUGGUCCCUGGACGGUUCGUUCCAGUGGCGGUACGAGCAGCUGGAGAACAGCAUGCGGGUCCUUUCCAGACGAGUGCAGCGGGUGAUCUUCAAGCUCUUCAGUCUCAGUAAAAGAUGUCACAAGCAGCCACAAGUUCGACUCGCGAGGGACCGACCUCGGUCCUACCGGCUCAGUCAUUUCCAGUCCCUGCUGUACUGCUCGGAGAGUAACCAGCUCGGCUCGUUCUCCGAGGAGCUCCACAGCUGCAGCUGCAGAUACGAGCACAGCCCCUGUCAGCUGCCUCCGCCCUGCACCGUCGGGGAAGGCUCGGCGUGUGCGGCGUGUGCACCGGACAACCACACCCUCUGCAGGCCGAUGGUGGCGGACUCCACGGAGAACUACCUGGGAUUCGAGACCGACCUCCAGGACCUGGAGCUGGGCUACCUCCUGCAGAGAGCUGACCGCAGGCUGGAGGUCCACGCCAUCUUCAUCAGCAACGACAUGCGACUCAACAGCUGGUUCGACCCCUCGUGGAGGAAGAGGAUGCUGCUGACCCUGAAGAGCAACAAGUACAAGUCCAACAUGGUCCACAUGCUGCUGGGAGUGUCCCUCCAGAUCUGCCUUACCAAGAACAGCACCCUGGAGCCGGUCCUGACUCUCUACAUCAACCCCUUCGGAGGGAGCCACUCAGAGAGCUGGUACAUCCCCGUCAACGAGAACAACUUCCCGGACUGGCAGGCCAAGAAGCUGGACCUGCCCUUCGAGUGCUACAACUGGACUCUGACACUGGGCAACAAGUGGAAGACGUUCUUUGAAACCAUUCACAUCUACCUUCGGAGCAGGAUAAAGACUCAGGAAGGGCUGAACGACAGCGUGUACUACGAGCCCCUGGAGAUGACGGACCCCGCCCGGAACCUGGGCUACAUGAAGAUCAACAGCAUCCAGGUGUUUGGCUACAGCAUGCACUUUGACCCGGAGGCCAUCCGCGACCUGAUCCUCCAGCUGGACUACCCGUACACGCAGGGCUCCCAGGACACGGCCAUGCUCCAGCUCCUGGAGAUAUGGGACAGGGUGAACCGGCUGUCGCCUCCCGGUCAGCAGAGGCUGGACCUGUUCGCCUGUCUGCUCCGGCACCGGCUCAAACUGACUCCCAGCGAGGUGGUUCGCAUCCACGCCUCCUUACAGGCCUUCAGCUCACGUCUGCCCAACUCUAUGGAUUACGAGACCACCAAGCUGUGCAGUUAA